AUGGCAAGCCAGGCACAUCCGAAUGGAAGGUGCCGUCUCUCUCCCGGCUGUGGAGCAAAGACCCGGGACACGCCCGAAUCUCCGGUCUCCAUCCGGCAUGACGCCCGCCACUUCCUCCGACUUCAGAAGCACGAUACAUUACUAAGGCUUCAUAUCAAGUCGAAAGUCGAUAUUGAACAAUGGGUAGGACAUCAAACAAUUUAUCUUUCUCGUCUCAAGGUCGGCGAGCAAUGGAAAACCAAGCUGGAGCCUCUUAAAACUCUCUUCAUUGUAAAAACUCGGGAGUCACACGGCAAGAAUAAGAGGACUGCAAGGUCGAAUCAUUCACGACUUUGUUGCGAUUCACCGAUACUGUGUCAAGAUUUGGAGAUUGAAGCCACAGUCAGUGACUCUGGCCUAAUUGUCGGCCAUUUUCAUGUGACCUACGUUCAGACCCGUAAUCGCACGUAUGCAUGGUGGAACUGGACCCUACGGGCCUACAUGCUCUUCACGGUAUUCCCCAUCAACCAAAGCAGCAAGUCUUACAUCCAAUUGAAGCUUCGCGGAGGCCACCCAAAGCUCCAAGUUCGCGGCCGAACCAAUUUCGUAGGCGGCUCAUGUGUUCUCUACCGCAAUGCCGGCGACGCCGGCACCUCCUUAAGCGAGGCAGGACCGGCUGGGGACGGCCUGGCCAUUGCCGAGAGCUUGGGCCCGGCGAGGAAAGCUACGUCACCGCCGAACUACCUAUCGCCGAUGCUGUCUGCUAUAGCCCAUCGUCCAAGCAUCGCCGAAGCCACCACCUUGGAGCGAAAUGCACCUCGGCACCUGACGCGGACAAGCUCUAAUGCGCGGUGCCAGCUGCCAGCGCCCAGGCCGCCGAUCCUUGGUGCCCUCGUGACGGUCAACGCCAGGCAGGCAGUCAAAGACAAGGGGCAGGGGAGAUGGGACAGAGUGCCAAAGGCAUGGCUUCAGAAGUUCAGUCCGGGGGGGAGAGGGAGGGGGCCUUUGACAAUCCUGCUAAACGUUGAUCCGUUGCUUACCCGUACUCCCUACAGCAUGUCUUCCGACCGUGCCAGAGCCAGGCCAUUUGCCAAUGCCGCGUCGCGCUCGUUGAUGAAGCAGAGUCUAAGAGAUCGCUAUUUCUCGCUAGAUAGUCCGUCAGAGUCUCUCAAUGUCACUUCGCGAUCGCAGUCGGCUCCGCGCCGUGUCUUACUAUCCCCCAGGCGCUGCUUCCCCCCGACCGAUAGCAAUAUCCGACAUUGA